AAGGUGCGCGUGUGAGGGGGCGUGGCUACUCUCUUCCAUUAAAGUGCUCGUGCUUGAGGUUGGUGGCGUUUGACACUUUCGACGAUCGCUUUCUUCAAAUAAUGUGAGAAAAACCCUGAAAUAAGUUAGCGUCGUUUUGUUUACUGGACUUUAGCCAGGGUUUGAAGCCAUUGGACAUACAGACUGCACCUGCCAAUGGAUGGAGUUCAAGUUGUACCCACGGCAACUCUUCCUCCUGAUAUCUCCAGAUCCUUUCAAAAUGAGACCUCACCCUUCAGGCAUAACACACAGCCCCAUCUUCUGGGCCCACCUCCACUGGCCCUACUGCCACCCCCACCUCCACCACCUCCAAUGGCCCUACUGCCACCCCCACCACCUCCACCACCCCCACCCCCUUCACCUAUGGGAGACCCCUUCACACGGUCUGUCCACCAGCGCUCUAAAAUGCGUAACUUCAACUGGGAUGCCAUCCCCAGGCACAGCGUUCUGGGUAAGCGUAAUGUGUGGACGGCCCAGCGCAACCUCGAAGACUUUGAGCUGGACACUAAACGAAUGGAGGAGCUUUUCAGCCACAGUGAGCACCACGGUGUGGUUCGGAAGGGUGGGACAGUCCGAAAAAGUGUGUGGGGUCUUUCGCAAACUAUUACAGAAUCCGAGAACGUUUCAAUUCUCAACUCCAAGAAAAGUAUGAAUAUAGGGAUUUUGCUUAAACAGUUUAAAAGGCCGGCGAAUGACAUCGUGGAGGCCAUCAGGCAUGGUAAUCUGUGCUUUGCUUCUGGUAAACUAAGGGAGCUCAGCAAGCUGUUGCCUGAAGACAUUGAGUCAAAGAAGCUGAUGUCGUUCGAUGGAGAUUUAUCUCUGUUAAAUGAGGCCGACCGUUUCAUGGUGAUGCUGGUUCAGGUGCCGGGGUAUAAAGUGAGAUUAAAGAGCCUGCGGCUCAGAGAGGAGUUUUUUCCUUUUAUUGAGGAGAUCAAACACUCAAUUGCCGUCAUGACAACAGCUGCCAAUGAACUUCUGGCAUGUGAUGACUUGCAUUCAAUCAUCAGACUGGUGCUGAAGGCUGGCAACUACAUGAAUGCUGGUGGCUAUGCAGGCAGUGCUAUCGGCUUCAGGAUGACAUCGUUGCUUAAACUGGUAGACACCAAAGCUAAUAAACCUGGCAUGAACCUUAUGCACUACGUGUGUAUGCAAGCCCAACAGAUAGAUGAAGUUUUGCUGCGUUUCCCCGAACAGCUUCAACACAUCGGGAUUGCUGCAAGAAUCCAAAAACAGGAGGUGGAGACGGACUUGCAAAGGGAGCUGGAGAAAAUUAGGCAAGCAAAAACGGAUGCCAGUAAACAGCCAGAUCUCCAACAUCAGAUGGAAGCAUUUCUUCGAAUGGCCGAUAUGCGGCUUGCAGAUGUGGAGGCUUCCCUCCAGGAACUUGACGCCCUCAGUAAAUCUGUGGCUGAGUAUUUCUGCGAAGACCCGGCCACAUUUAAACUGGAGGAGUGUUGCUCCAUCUUUCAUUCCUUCUGUGAGAGGUUUGAGAGAGCUACACAGGAGAACCGUGAUCGAGAGGCUGCCGAGACGCGCAAGCAACAGCAGAGAGAACGAGAGGUGCUGAGCAGAUGGCCAAAGCGCAGAUCCAUUGGCACAUGCUCAGAACGGGAUGUGACAGAUGAUGCCACGGCUCUAGAAUCCGUCCUGACAAGUUUUCUCAGCCAACGCGCUUCUCGAAGGAGGCCCGGCGGACCCUUGCCUGUCACUGCCAGCGCCAUGAAAUUAAAUAAAAACAACAGCCCUCAGGUUGAGGAGCGUGAGGGCAGGGAGGAUCCGGACAGCCCUGCUGAGGCCAAAGACGACCAAACAAAUAUCAUUGACUCGGGAAGCUCAGUGGUACGAGAACCAGAAGAUGGCUUCCAAAAAGAGUUGCAGCCGGUUGCACCCUGCGUUAAUGAUGCUCAGCGUGAGCGCGCUGCGUCAAAGAGGGGACACUGCAUUGUUGAUGAACUCAUAUGUGAAGGCAGUGACUCCAAAGAGGAUGCCGGUAGCAACACCUUAACCAGACAAGCUGGGGAGACAGAAAAAGAAGGGGUGAAGGAGAAUGAAGAUGUGGAUAAAAUAGAGGAAAAAGAGGAGGCGGAUAAAAUGCCUGAGCUCACCGGUAAAGUCUUACGCUUUCAGGAUUGCAUUGCAGGCCUGAAUGGAAACGCUACACCCGAUCGUUUCCGAUCUCACAGCGUGUGCACCUCCACCCCUCAGCAAAGGGAUGUAAGAGCGGUGGAUCUGUCUUUGCAGAAUGGGUUGGGAGGUCUAGGUUCACCGUGGACCAUUCUCAGCCCCCGCAUCUCUCCACGUAACACACCCCACCGCAGGCACUCUUUUAACCUCUCAAGGGUUGACAUCCUCGAUGAUGGAGUUUGGGCAUUACCUGACACACCUGUACGCAGUAAACCCCAACACUUGACGCACUUUGGCAAGGUUUGCACGGAAGAAAACCUGUUGAGGCACAAUGCAGGAUUGGGAGCAUUGCCAGACUCUGCUUUAGAGCGAGCACAAGGGACGUUUGGGAGGUCUGUCUCGCUUUCCGAUAAUGAGUCGGCACCCAACUUCAAACUUGGACAGAUUUUUCAGCGACGCACAGGACAGGGGCAGGACCUUCCUUUAGAUAAGAGACCAGAACCAUCAGCACUCGUAACUUUCUUUCGACGAUUCGGGGAGAGAAACAGGGCAGGAACAUUCAGCUAAAAGAAAGCAUUUCCCAUGCUCUAGUUUUAACCGGGUUUAACUUUUACAGAUUUGGGAAAUUUUAUUUUCUUAACAGUGACCUGCCAUUGCAAAUACCUCACACAAAGGAUUUCACGGAUGAAGACAAAUGGGAACUUGUAACAGUCAGGAUGUCUUUUGUGCUCUUAUGCAAGGUUACAUGAUUGUGGGCGAGUGUUGUCAUUUUAUAGAUUUUUUAUAUGAUGACUCCAGCAUUGUUAUUUCUAACAGGCUGUUUUAUUUUCAGCGACUUGACUUUCAGGAACUGAACAUUUUAUUUUGUUUGUUGUCUUUAAAGUUUGUCUUAUGUUUAUGUAAUAAAAUGUGGAUUCCACCUUACAA